UUAGUAAAAACAUAAGUUGUGUAUAGCAAAAACUACACAGAAAAGUUUAAAAUAACUUGAUAAUUUGCAAUAUGAAACAAGUUGCAAGGGAAAACACAGAAAAUAAGUGUUUCAAUAUCCCCAUGAUUUUGCAAUGAGAAUUUUCAAACUAAACAAAAGAAGAAAAGAAAAUGAAUGAAAAUGUUAUUAAUAAGUAUUAAUGUAUAGUUAUUCCUAGCAAAAGGAAUUUCGCUCAUACCACCAAUACAGCGGUAUAUUUUUUGAUUUAGCACUAUCUUGUAGCAAUUGUCAGUGUAUAUGUAAUAGUAAAAUUCCUUACGUUUAGCCCAAAAAUGUCCAAACAUCAAGGAAAACUUGUGUUCAUGAUAAUGGUUAUAAUGACGCUGUUAAUUUAUGUGAUAAUGAACAAAAAAGAAAAUAAGAAAGAGAUUGAAUCUUCAGAGGCCGUGGCCGCCGCGGAGGCCGGGCGAUGGUGGCAGACGCUCCUGUGUGAGGGCCGCAGGCAGGGGGAGGCCGCGAAGACGCUUCCGCUGCAAGUGCUGUCCAGGGAGGCGGCGGCCGCGGCGAGCGACGCCAACGUGUUCCUGACGGAGACGUCUUGCCGGGCGCGGCCGGCGCCCCGCGCCUGGUGCGCCGUCGAGAGCUGGGCCCGCCAGAACCCGGCGUCCCGCGUGUGGUACCUGCUGACGGCGCCGCAGCUGGACGACUCCGACGGCGUGGCGUCGCUCCUCCUGCGGGCGUACGGGAACCUCCGCUUCGCCUCCCUGGACGCCGGCGAGCUGUUCAAGGGCACGGCGCUCGAGGGCGUCUUCGCCUCCGCCGCCUGGUUCCUCCACUCAGCCUUCCCCGCCGUGGUGCUGAGCGACCUCCUGCGGGCGGCGCUGGUGUGGCGCUUCGGGGGCUUCUACUGCGACUCGGACACGGUCUGCCUGAAGGACACCGGCGCCCUCAGGAACGUGGCCAGCUACGCUCAGCAGGACAUCGGGAAAAUCAGCAACUUCUGCUUCCACUUCAGAAGUCGCCACCGGUUUUUGGCGACGCUCAUGGAGGUCCAGAGGGAGAACUUCCUGCCCAACAAAUGGGGAUCCGUGGGCCCUCUGUCGUUCACCAAGACGUCGCGACGACUCUGCGGCGAGGACGACCUGUCCAGGCUGAGCCCCGCCGGGAGCACGACGCCCGUGAGCUGCGGCGACUUCCGGCUGCUCCCCCCGCGCUUCCUCACGCCCGUCCUCUUCUACGACGUCGGGGAGAUCUUCGCCCCGGGGGCGGGCAGGGACUUCGCCAGGAAAUUCAACAGCACCUACGUCCUGCACACGUACACGAGCCGCAGCAAGGACAUCGCCUUCCGCGCGGGGUCCGAGAGUCACUUCGAUGUGGCGGCCAGGCUGUCCUGCCCCAUCACCUACGAGCUCCUCUUAAGGAACGCUACUGCUGUCUAGGUGCAAGAUUAGGGGUGUUAAGUUCAUUUAUUGGCUUCGGUGGUCUAGAUAAGCGGUGACUAUAGGUCCUAGAGAUAGAUCGGCUAAUUUAAGAAUUUUGUAAAUUAUUAAAGAAUAUUGUAUG